AUGUAUGUAUGGGCAUAUUAUUUAUCAAUAGUGUUACUAUUCUUUUCGUUUCUUUUCAUGAUACCGAUUAGGUUGAAAAACAAAAUGCUACAUAGAAUAAGGACUUCAGUGAUAAUUGCCACGAUAAUGUCAUUAUUCAUAACGUUCACUCCCCAAGAGGCCAUCGAAGGUGCACCACUUCACAAGUUUGGUGAUGGGAAAAUAGCAUAUUUGGCAUGUAGUUAUCAAAUUUCAUUGACCAUGGCUACAUUCUGUCCUUCGGAUGAAGAAAGCUUUUACGAGUCUGAUUGUUUUUGUUCAAACCCUAAUGCAAGAGCCACAAUAUCCUAUUGUUAUAGUUUAGCACAUCCAAAUUCCAUUGACGCUUAUAUAAAUUCAUGCAAAACAGAUUUCCAUUAUAAUUUGACAAGAGAAGAUUUUGAUGAAUCAUUAGCCAACUAUUCAAAGUAUGCCAAGCCGUUGAGUGACUUCGAUGACUUCAAGCAUGGUCAGUUGGUUGACUUCCCCGUUAAACUCAGCGAUGCUGAAGUACUAUUAUUCAAAGAUGCUUAUGAUCAAUUCUUGGGAAAUUAUGAUAGGUCCAUUGAUUAUGGCUUUUAUCUAAUUCUCUAUUGGGUCGCUGUAUUCACGAUUGCAGGAUUGGUGAAUUGGUCAAAAGUGGUAUUUCCGGGCUUACAUAAAAGAUUAACAGAUCCGUUUUCUAACUGGUUCAGAAAAAACAUUUCAACUCCAGCAACAAGAGGUAAGAAGAAAACUGACGAGAAAAAAUUCUUCUACUUCUUAAAUAUGCUAGUCCCAACUAGAUUAGAGACGAUAAUACUAUCGGGAUUUCUAGCUCUUUCCGUUUAUUUUACAUUCAUAAACAUUCAUUAUGUUGAAGGGGACCCGGUUUUCAAACACAAAGCAAAAGCUUUACUUCGUUAUUAUGCUGUCAGGUGCAGUAUUUUAACGAGUUCAAUGAUGCCGCUAUUGAUUCUUUUUGGGGGUAGAAACAACGUUCUUCAGGGUUUAACUAGGUGGGAUUACUCAACUUUCAUUACUUUCCAUCGUUGGAUAUCGAGGAUAGUGGUAGUGAUGGUAGUUGCCCAUUCGGUUUUGUAUACUAAAUAUGCUCAUCAUCGUGCUGACUUCUUCAGGAGAGAUUAUAUCAUAUACGGAACAAUAGGAACCCUAAGUGGAAUUUUCAUUAUGAUCCAAGGGUUGCUUGUUUUGAGAAGAAAGUAUUACGAAACAUUUUUAUUGCUACAUAUCAUCCUAGCCCUCGGGUUCAUCUUUGGUGCUUAUUUCCAUGUUGUUGAUCUAUAUUGUUUGUGGUUUUAUCAUAUGACUUUCGGUGUCUGGAUGUUCGAUAGAGUUGUUAGAAUUGCCAGAUUAUGGUCGUUCGGGUUCCCAAAAGCCAAAGUUUUGUUAUUGGCAGAUGAGGCGUUGAAAGUGGUGGUACCAAAACCUUCACAUUGGGAAGCUAUAUCUGGUGGACACGUAUUUAUUCAUUUCUUGAGACCAAGCAGUUUCUGGCAAUCACAUCCCUUUACUUACACUAUAUCAACUGAAAAUCCCGACGAAAUAAUAAUUUUCAUGAAAGUUAAGGAGGGUGUUACAUUGGAUUUAUACAACUAUUUGCACUCGCAUGUUGGUAAAGCAGCUGAAAUAAGAGUAGCUGUUGAAGGUUCCUAUGGUGAAUCUACACCCGCAGGGAAAUAUGACUCAGCAGUUUUCGUUGCGGGAGGAAACGGUAUCCCAGGAAUAUAUGCUGAAGCUUUCGAACUUCAAAAGAGACAAGCACAUAGUUUGAAAUCCAAAGUCCAAUUGAUUUGGGUCAUUAGAGAAUAUCGAACUUUGUUCUGGUUCUAUGAAGAAUUGUUAUCGCUCAAAAACACAUCCAUUGAAACGACUAUUUAUGUAACUAAACCUGAUUGUUUGGAUCAUCUCGAAGAAUUUGAUCUAAGGUUUCCUGAACAAAUAGCCGAUGAACAUACUAGUUUACUUAGCCAAAAAACUUAUGGCAGUAUCGAAAAUGAAGGUAUUACUUCAACUAAUACUAACGAAUUAAAUGAUAACGAAACAAACGAGAUUAUUCGAAAAAUCAAGGAGGAAUUGAAUUUCGUGACAUUCAGAUAUGGAAGACCAUCAAUGGAUCAAAUAGUGAAAACUUCCAUUAAGGAAUCAACAGGCUCAGUAGCAUAUAUCACUUGUGGACAUCCUGUAAUGGUUGAUGAUUUGAGACAUUCAGUGGUCUGUAACAUCGGUAACUCUGAGAGAAAGCGUAUAGACUAUUACGAACAACUUCAAGUUUGGGCAUAA